ACCAGGCAGUAGUCACAAGACUCGAAGUCCGCUAUCGAGCUAGCACUCUCCACAGCUCCCUUGCCGGGACCCGGGUAUUUGCGUAAUUUUUUGAGAGUCGGGGAAAGAUGGCAGAGUCAAUGGAGCACGUUGGAAGAACCCGUCAUAUUAAAUCCGCCAAAACUUAAGCGUUGUCGGUAUCUGAUACAUCAAAGAUUUGCGAAACCGUAGAUAACUGUAGACGAGUCCCCUCUUGAGUUGUAACUGUCGUGGCGCUUUUCAUUUUCUUUGUGGCUUGGGUAGUCGAAUGUUGUUAUUCGCUUGAGGGGGAAUCGUGAUCGAAACAAGACGUGGGAGCGUGGAGCGAGGCUAGGGUAGGCAGGCUAGCUCGGUGGGCGCUUGUUUUUGGGGGAUGUUCUCCGUACUUUCUUAUGGCAGACUGGUUGCCAGGGCUGUCCUCGGCGGACUUUCCCAAACAGAUAGCCGGGAUUACAGCCUGGUGACAGCUAGCUGUGGAUUCGGAAAAGAUUUUCGCAAAGGGAUUUUGAAGAAAGGGAUGUGUUAUGGUGACGACGCCUGUUUCAUAGCUCGACAUAGAUCCGCCGAUGUUUUGGGUGUGGCCGACGGCGUGGGGGGAUGGAGAGAUUACGGCGUGGACCCCUCCCAAUUCUCUGGCACGUUGAUGAGGACGUGCGAGCGGCUGGUGAAGGAAGGCCGCUUCAUGCCCAGCAAUCCCGUGGGCAUCCUCACCACCAGCUACUACGAGCUCCUUCAGAACAAAGUCCCCUUGCUGGGCAGCAGCACGGCGUGCAUCGUGGUCCUGGACAGGCACAGCCACCGGCUGCACACGGCCAACCUGGGCGACUCGGGGUUCCUGGUGGUGCGGGGCGGCGAGGUGGUGCACCGGUCGGACGAGCAGCAGCACUACUUCAACACGCCCUUCCAGCUUUCCAUCGCGCCCCCCGAGGCAGAGGGCGCGGUCCUCAGCGACAGUCCUGACGCUGCAGACAGCUCCUCCUUUGAUGUCCAGCUGGGAGAUAUCAUCUUGACUGCGACAGACGGCCUCUUUGAUAACAUGCCCGACUAUAUGAUCCUACAAGAACUCAAAAAACUCAAGAACACCAACUAUGAAAGUAUACAGCAGACAGCCAGAAGCAUCGCGGAACAGGCCCACGUCCUGGCUUACGAUCCCAACUACAUGUCGCCUUUUGCACAGUUUGCGUGUGACAAUGGACUGAAUGUAAGAGGGGGAAAGCCGGAUGACAUCACAGUUCUUCUGUCAAUUGUGGCAGAGUAUACAGACUAGCGUCUGUGGGAGGGACGGAGAGAGUUCCGACUUCGGUCUUCCUCCUGUGUUCUAUUGUACUGUUUGUUUCCUGCUGGCAGGAUUGGGGACUUUACUCCUUUUGCAGCUAAGCCCCGCCCCCUCUUCCAUGUCUCAAUCUACACCUCUUUCCCGUCCUGUCCAGUCAUUCCACUCGGCCUCCAGCCCCACCUCCAUUUGCACCGCCCCCCCACCCCUACCGUUCAGGUUCCAGUUGCUGAUCAGUGUGACUGGCCCACAUUCCCGCCAAAUAAAAAAGAGAUUAGCACUGUAACGCUGGGCAGGGUUUCCCCUUACCUUAAAAACUGCGAGGUGCAGGGGGAAUCAACAUGGCGCAUUUGAUGACCUCAUAUCAGUGCGCGCUGUUGGAGCUCGGCACAGUGCUGUUGUGGCAUUUUUGUUCUUCUGAGAGCUUUACAAAUGGAGGCAGAGGAGAAAUCAGACCCCCUUGUCUGCACCUUUUUCUGUUGGUGACUAAUAAUAACCUAAAGUAAUUGAGCUGUUUUCUCUUUAUGUAAAAAAUGGUCCUACAUGACGAGGGCUUAUUUGUGGCUGGGCGGGGAAGGUGCUCGUGGGCAAUGGAGCAGAGUCUGGGGAGAGUAUAAAUUGGGAUAGUACCAGUCAACACAGGAAGGAGGAAAAACGAGUGUCAAAUCUGAGACUCUUCUCAGUUUAAGCAUCUGUGCUAAAACAUCCUUAAAGGUGUGAACCGUGUUUUGGGAGCAGAAAUCUCAGUGGCUUCUAGAUGGGCCACAGUGGGUGGUCAGAGCCGGUUUGGAACAAGUAGCUGUCAGACGGGUCUGUGCUGCGGGGAAAAUGGCAUCAAGGGAGAGGAUGUGGGGGGAAAAGCCACCGCAAGGCAAGGUCACUUUAAGUGUGAGAUGAAAUAUUUAAUGGCAAUAGCCGUGCAAGUGAAGGCAGGAUUGGGAUUCACAGACUGCCACUGCCUCGGCUGAGGAGGCACAUGGUAGAGGGUUAGAAGUGUUCUGUAUGUGUGAACGCACUUCUUUAAUUUGGUUUUCGGUAAAUGUACCCUGUGUGUGCGUGUGUGUGUGCGCGUGCGUGCAUGUGCGUAUGAGCGUGUCUUGCGGCUUCUUAAUUGUCAUGUUUGUGUAGCAGGAUUUAUGAAGUGUCGGAUUCCUUAAGCUGAUCGACUGAUCAACCAACCGACCCUUUUUGGUGAGGAAGGGGAGUGUUCUUUAAAUGUAAGAUCUGCAGGAUGACAAAUUGUGACCGAUCCCCUUAAUCUCACUUUCCCCUCCCAUACCCCCCCCCCCGUUUGAACGAGCAGAGGUGUGUCCAUGGCCUCAGGUCAGCGGUUCCCCCGGUCAGAGCUGUGUGUCCAGCGUACGUGUGUGUGUGUGUGUGUGUGCGCGUGCAUGGGCUCUGUCUACUGCACAGAGGGUUUUUCAUGUUCUUUAGAACUCUGGAGAGAGCAUACCGUUAACGCACAAGAAUAAUUCUAGCGUCUGUGAAUUCUUACAGAUAUGACAGGUCAGAUAUAAAUAAUAAAGGUUUAUUUUUAUAAUAAAUUCUUUUUUUUUGGUGGGGUGUUUGAGGGUGGAAACUGGGUUUUCAUGUCAUUGCUUGACUCGUCCCAGCCUCACUUUAUUGUACAGUUUGUCCCUGUUUAGAAAAAAAUCCUGAAGCCAUCUUUUAAAACGCAUAGGCCUCGAUUUAAAUCAGGUUAGUUUUCGGAUAAAUGUUGUCUAACAUUUUAUAAUUUCAGUCUCGGCAGACAUCAGGACUUCCCCACCUCCUGUAGAUUUGUACUGUGUAUUUGCAUAACUUUACUGUGCAGCUUCUAUUUUGUAAUUAAAACAAAUUAAGUUUCUACAUGUACUGUGUACAUGUCAAUUUUCUGUUAUUUAUAAUGCUCAUCUGGAUUGCACCUAGCAUUAUUCAGUAUUGUUUUUUUUUGUCAUCUGUGUUUUAAUUUCUGAAAGCAAGAUUUUUGAUUUCAUCGACUGUUCUGUAAAGGCUUUGUCGUAAUUAUCUUUGGUCAUUGUUCUCAAGCCCUCGCAUUGUGCUGCCCAGUUCAUUGCCCGCAUAGCUGCAAAAUGCCACUGUAAAAUCUGCCAUGAAAUCAGAGGGGUGGACACUCCUACUGAAAUCUUCAGGCGUACAGCACCGUGACUCUCAACUACAUCGCUUUUAAAAGCCUCGCUGUCUUCACCCUAUAAAUGUCUGCUCUGCCUGAGCGAAAGGAGACUUGUCUUUGAGUCAUAACAUCCUUUUCCGAGACGUGCUUUUGGGACAAAAACAAAUUUGGCUGAGUAUUUAGGGCUUUGCCCUGAAGAAGAGAACAUGUAUGGCAUGCGGUUAUGCAAGAUUCCGCUGUCGCUGCUGUGUACACAGAGGUGCAGGGCGGAUGGAUUGGCCCGCACGCAUGCAGGGUGUCAAUCAAACACAUUCUACUCCUCUGCCCUGGCUUAUCCACUCCCUUUUUUGUUGCAGCAGGUGCACCAAAGACAUGCUUCCUGAUGUGUGUUUUUCCUCUUAAAUGAUAAAGCAAUACUAUGACAAUACAUGACAAAAUGCAUCACCUGUGUUUGUACACACGUUUCCACAUUUACUUUAGGACAUAUCUGGUAUUAAGAUUUUUUUUAAAUGGCAAAAAAAAAAAACCUUUAAUGUAUAUGCACUGACAACAUUACUGCGUUAAGUGCCCAGGCCGCUGGCUGGUCGUGCAUUUCAUCUCUAUGCUGUGCUGGAGUUCCAGUGCCCUGGUUUGUCUCUGUAUGAGAGCCAAUGGGAGUCUUAGUGGUAGCUUCGCGGGUCCUAGGUUAAACCAAAGUAGUUAAGGAAAGCCAUAACCAAACAUGACCGGUGUGUUCCCCCCCGCAGCCGCCUGCUGGGCGCUGACCCCGUUAACCAGGCUAGCAGUGCUCGCGCUUCGCCGCACUCUGAAAGAGGCCCAUUCCUCCUCAGACACCCCGACUCCACCUAGCAGUUAGCCUUACGCUCAUCUGUGGCUUUGAAAUAACGCUUUGGAGUGACCUGCAGGAAAUCUCUAAGUGGUUUUCAGUUCUACUAUGUGCUAUGAAAGAAGUUUUUGAUGAUGAUGAUGAUGAUGAUGUUGAUAGUCUUUGCUGUUGGGUUACCACUCUUGAGUACCUUGGGUACAAGUGCUACAAGCCGUUUUAUACAUCUGGAAUCUGCUUCUCGAUUCAGUGUUCCUUAAAGACAGACUGCCUUCCUGUCCGGCUAUGAACAUAAACUUGGACUCAGGUUUGAGAAGGUCAGAUGGUGAUGGGCACACACAAUGUUUCAGGACUGCUAAUCGUCUUCUUUUUUUUUUUUUAAUGUAAAAGGAUUAUUAUUAUGCAGCGAAACUAAAGGCCAUUUUCUCCAGCUUGUUAGUACUGUUCAGACUGAUUGUGCUGGAACUGACUGAAGGACCAGUGAGCUCAACACGCGCCAUAUCCGCCUUAACCCAGAAACCGAUUCCACCCCCAGUGCGGCCUUGCGACAGAGCCAGCUUGUCCUGUCUCCCAAAGCUCUCAUGCUGCUGUCCAUCAAUGCGCUCUUGCAAUUAAACACGUGGUUUCUUACUCUCGUUGAAAUAGGCAAUGUUUGUUAGUAUGAAAAAGCUGCACAUAUUUUUGUGUGUGUACAGUACAAUGAUGCAGAUAUGGAUUCUGUAAAUAUGUUUUCAAAGUUGUAAAAUAUUUAAAUAAAGAAUAUAGUAUUUAUACUAAA